AUGCCGUCCCUGCUUCCUAAGGCCCCCUCGUCAGCCUCAAAGGUCAAUGUUACCUCAGGUCAACUUCCGUCAUAUGUCACUGCCUCGCAGGCUCCUACCAAGAAAUCUCCGUGGCGCACGAUCCGUGGACUGGAUUACAAUCAAUAUGCAGCCGUCAUUCUACCGGAUGAGCUAUACCAUCUCGUUUGGAAGAAAGUGGACGCAAGUAUCGUGCCUGUAAAAUAUGCAAAAGUCAUUAUGAGGCUGGGAGAUGUACUUGAUGGAGAGUUUUUCACGACGUACAUUAAAAGAGGGAACAUCCUCAUGCUCUCAGAGGGUGAAGCAGGUGUUGAUAACAUUUUUUCUCUGAAGGAAGGAAUCCUGAGACUGGAGCUUUCGAAAGACUCAUACGACCGAGCUGGCCUGCAAGGCACGCCAGUACCGUCUGGCGGCAGCAAACAUGUCAAGUUGAGAUACCUCGUAGAGGUCAAUCUUCGUCUCCCUUCAAUGUUGCACGGCAAGAAGGGCUUCGAGCGGCUCGUCUGGGCUGCAAAGCAUGUCCUGAACCAAAGUCUUAACUGGCUCUUCCUAGAUCUCAAUACAGACUUUGGAGAUGUCUUGAAUCAGAACACAACGCCUUUGAGCAUACACCAUCCCACAAUCCACAUGCUGACGCCGGUGACACAGUCCCUGACAGCCACCUUGAUUCCUCGUACGAUGUCUUCAAUACCUGGUGGAGUCUCCGUUCUGUCCACGGAGGCGCAUGAGUCUUUGUAUGACGUGUUGGAAUACAUCGAUAUGCUCUCACUGGCUUCGCCUCGCGUCCAAGCCACAGACCAGACUCACUCUUUCCUCAGCCGGUAUGAGGUGCCUGACCUCGCAGAUGAUGUCGACUUGAAUGACCCCAGCACGUCGGGAGAAACCGUCAGAGUUCUUAUAUGGUCUGGCCUGAUACCAUCUCGGUGGAUUUUAGAGCUACUAUGCGCCGUCAUAAGAUACUCCCGCGUCGGAGCCUUUGAAGCACUGUCGAGGCAGCAGCAGUGGCUCGCAAUCAAUGUCUCCUCUCACAAGACGCAAGCAGUCAACCAAAUUGACGGCUAUACGGUCUUACUUCAGCCGGCUCACAAUGCUGGACAACCCCGAAAUCCUCAUCCAGAUGACCAGACGACCAGCACCCCAGCAGACACAAAUAUGGAUAUGGGGGAACUGGUACAACAACCUUCACAGCAAGAGCAGGGCGAUGAUGUGGAUAUGACACGUACACCGACACCCGACAAACCUCAGCACACUCAGGAGCCUGCUCCAUCAAAAGCAGGAUUUCAAUGCUAUCUCUGUGCGGAAUAUAUUGGCAGCCUGACAUAG